ACAAGGGACUAUCGAAGGCUGGGAAAAUAACCGGCUAGCAGCUAUAUUAUAUAGUCACCUUAUAAGAUUCGUUACCAAACGAUCUAUUAGAAAUGGCCAACUAGGUGCUGCUGGAGGAUAAGUCACGUUAAGGAACGAGCCAUGAACUUUGCACGCCUGGGAUUCGAGCAGGUGGUGCUGCGCGGACUCCGAGCUCCGCGCCAGCAGCUCCGGACGCAAUGGACGAUGGUGAGCGGGCGCCGGUGGCUGGCCAGUGAAGCCACCUCGCCGGCGGCGGCCUCACCCACCGCCUCGCCCGCAGAGCCUGCGCCCAAAAAACAGCCGCAGCCACAGGUGAAACCGCGGCCGCUGGCCGAGGAGCGCCUGGAGUCCAUCCUUUCGCCCAUUCGCACCAGGAUCAUCCGGAAGAAGCGCCUGGCCAUCGACGAGCUGUCCGCCCUGGGCUUCCUCAACACCCGUGGCUAUACGACCGCCGAGGAGUACAACCUGGAGGAUCUGCAAAUAGCGCUCCGGCAACAGAAUCUGUACGAAACUAAGCGUUUCUUCUCCACCGACAACCUGGAUGUGGAGCAGAAUGUGCUAUUCGUGGCGGCGAAGUAUCCGACGGGCCAGCAGCCACGCGAGAUUUUCUUCUUCCGCGAGGGCUCCGUGGUCUUCUGGAACUGCAGCGACAUCGAGACGAACAAUGUGCUUAGCUUCCUGCGCUCCUUCGAACGGGAAUCGUAUGUGAGUGCCCUGGUGCACGGGGAGAGCGAGGUGAUGCCCUACACCUACAUCCCGUCCACGGCGGUGGAUGUGGAGGGCGACCUGGUGGCGGAGAGCAGCGACUUCAAUGUCACCUCGCGGGCCUUCUUCCAGAAUGGCAAGUUUUUCGUCACCGCCGAUACGGAUAGCUUCCUGUACAAGUACACCUUCUCGAAUGCUAUGGCCCAGUCCAUUAAGCUGGGCAUUUGGGAGGCCACCCUGGAUCGCUAUAUAGACUCCAUCGAGCAUCUCACCGAGGAUCUGAAGCGGGGUCGCCGCCUGAGGAUCUCGCGGGCGGCCAUGCUGCGAAAAACCGGCGAGCUCUUUGCCCUGCGCCAUGUGAUCAACCUGUCGUCGGACCUGCUGGAUGCCCCCGAUUUCUACUGGGACCGCGAGGAGCUGGAGGCGCUGUACCUGCAGGUGUGCUCCUACUUCAGCAUCACGCGGCGCACCAAGGUGAUGAACGAGAAGAUCAACCACUGCGUGGAGCUGGCCGAGCUGGUUUCGCACAACCUGAACGACGCCCACCACAUCCGGCUGGAGUGGAUGAUCAUCAUCCUAAUCAUGGUCGAGGUGGGCUUUGAGGUGCUGCACUUCGUCAGCGAUCACAGUGAUCCGCACACGCUCUCGGUCCUGCCACUGGCGGCUCCAGCCGCCGCCUCAAUUCCCAAAUAGCACAUGCAUAGGCUUAGUCAAGAGUUUUUGUAUUAUAUUCGUAUUUGGCCAAAAUAUAGCGUUGUUAGCGUUUGAUACCAGACAAUUGGCUCAAACGAUUUUAAA